UGGAAAGUGAAGGAAAAAGCUAGUUCUCUGUGCUGCAAUACCGAAAACAAAAACUAGGAUUUGAGAUUGACAAAACCAAAAGGUAUUCCUGGAGAACGCUCAAUGUUUUCUCUGUGUGCAGAUGGCUUCUGCGGCAUAGCACCAAAAGCAGGGUCUACUCUAGCUGGUGUCUAUAUGAUUCUGAUGAGCAAUAUGUGCCUUAUCUUUGAGUAUGGUCACCUCAACCGGUCUGUAGUUUUGUUACACAGAGCUGACCUACAGGAGAGCACUACCCUAGUGUGGAUUAUCCCAUAUUGUUAUUACGUAUCAAUUACACUGACCCUUAUAACUUAUCCUAUCUGUGCCUACUUUCUGUAUUCCAUCCAGAAGCGAAACACUGUAGGACUAUUUAUCUACAUUAUUUGGAUAAUCUUCUAUGAUGUCUCCUGUUGCAUCAACAAAGUCCUGGUUAGCAGGGCUGCACAUUUUGCUCGGUUUUCCAUCAGUCCUUUGGAAUGGUUUGGGUUGGCCACCAGGAUUCCCGCAGACUGCUUUUGGCUCUCUUUUGUCAUUAAUUUUGCUUUGUUGGUUAUUGAAGGCAAAAGCACAGGGAGGAUGUCACUGCGGACAAGGCGGGUAUCGAGACAUGUGACAGAACCUUCCAGAUUUCGGUUGGGCGUCAAUGCUAGGAGAAUCCAAUGAGAAUUGUGAGAUUACUUUUCUAUGGACUUAUGCACACUAGGCCUGCACAACUUGGGACAUGCCAAGAAAUGAAAAGUCCACAAACCAUGUACUGCUAUCUUCUCGGUGUUUGAUAUGUCUCCUGUUAAUAUUGCCUGCCUGGAAUUGCAAAAACAGGAAGCUGUCAAGCACUAAGUGCACCACAGUAGUUAGUUUGGUGAGCUAGGACUGCAGGUUUAGUGUAUGCAUUUGUGGUAUUUUCAUGUGGUUUAAUUUGUUCUUAUUGCAUUACUUUAUUGGAUUGACCUGAUAUUCUUAAGAGACAUACAUUUCCUAUCAGUUGUAUCUGGAAUUAAUUUUCCCCAGCUUCAUGUUUUGUAUCAUUGAGUGUGAGAGCUGUGACAUCAGGCUAUUGGAGUAGGAUGAGGGUUUCUAGCCCAUAAUCAAAACGACAUGCCUCUGGAAAACUGGGAUUAUAUAUUGCAGUGGAGAAAGGUGUGCCUACCAAGAAUGCAUAAAGCUUUUGGAUGUACAUAUGUACUACAUAACAUGAUGGUGAUGUUUUAUUGCUACAUGCUAAAGUUGAAGAAAAACUAGUUUGUUCUCUUUCUUAGGACAGAACUACACAUCCCCACAAGGUUGCUAAAUAACAUGUAUGCAGGGUGGCGAAUUUGCAGAGGAGAAGCAAUUGGUAGGAAAGAGGUAUUUAACCCCUGCACAUCUUCCUCAACAGCUAUUUUUUCUCUAGCAAGGUCCCAAGCCUGCAAAGAAACUUGCCAGGGAAGGGACAGACUAGAGCAUACGUGAACAACCCUGCAGCCAGUCCUUCACCACUCUCCUUGCAGCUGGAGGAGCCACACCCAUUUUUCCCUACAGGCCAGCUGAUCAGGCAUCAACUGUGGGGAAAAGCCCAUUGUUCUGCCUGGACAGGUUUCUCAGUAGGGAUUGCUGCAGGGGUUGGCGGCUUUCCUUCAGGCAGCCAAUACUGUUGUUUCGCCAUCAAUAUUAGUGGUGGGGAAACCGUGAUCUUGGUGGCGAUUGCUUGGGAGGAGCAGAGACUUCCACAUUUCCCCACUCUCCAACAAUCUC